AUGAGUCACAACCAUGACGAAGCUAUGAAGAAAAUCAGUGUUGUGAACCUCAAUAAACUUUUAGAUAACUUCUCAGAGAUAGAGAAGAAGAUAUCAGAAAUUAAUGAAGCAAAUAACCUACUGGUUCUUCAACUGGAAAAAUGUAACAGGUUGUUAACAUUAAGUCAAUCAAAGGAGGAAUCAGUAAAAGAAGAAUGUUCUGCUCUACAGAAUGUGAUAAAGGGUCUAACACAAACCAUUGAAAACCAGUGUAACGUGAAAGAUGAAAACGAUAGACUGAAGAGUACCAUUCACAUCUUGGAAGAGAAAUUAAAGGCUUGUGAACAGGAAUGUAAAGAUCAGAUUGAGAAACUUAUGAUAGAAAUUAAAAACAAAGAGGAAGACCACAAAUUAGAAAUAGCACAGUUGAACUGUGAUACAAGGAAAAAAAUUGAAAUAAAGGAAGAGGAGUAUAGAGAACAAAGAGAGAAAAAAGAACUGGAAAUAUUAGAGCUCUCUAGACAACUGAAAAUUUUAAAUGAAGAGAAGCAGAAUGAAAUAAUUAAGCUGCAGAUAGAGUUCAAUGCUAAAUUAGCAAGAGUUCAGAAUAAAACAACAAAAUCAUUGCCGGAUGCUUCUGUCUUGCCACAAAGUAUCUACCGAAGGAAGCUGCAGCAUCUCCAGGAGGAGAAAAACAAGGAAAUUGAAAUUCUCCGAAACACCAUAAGAGACUUAGAGCAACGUCUUAAUAAAGGCCAGGACUUGCACUUAAAACGGAGGCGAUUUUGA